GGAAUGUACAAAAUGUGUAUGACUUGUGCUUGUAGACGAAGCAACGUUGAUUUCCAAAUUCGUUCAUAACGAGAUUAGGAAACAAUCCCGAGUAAUAAAGUGCUUUAUAUAUUUACCCUACUGGUUAUACUCGUAAAGAAUUACCGCCAGUUUCUUCCUUCCUUACAUCAAAACUUGAUUUACAGAGGCUGAAUCAAUGGCGUCUUACCCGGUCGAGCUCGUCGACGGCCUGAACGUGCGACUGUUCACGUGGACAGAAAAUCUGCUUUCGAACCGCUUCUCCAAAUGCGGCCUUCUCCUCUUCCGAAUGAAGCGCUCCGUCUCCCGAAGAACCUCUGCCGUUUUCGAGGAAUCCGACGUCCAGCUCUUCGAUCUCGUCUCCCACCCGCAGUACCUCCCGGAGAUGAUCAACGGCGCCGCAAUCCUCACCGGAUUCUUCCUGCCGCAAACCACUCCGUUCCUGGCGGCGGCCGUAUCGGAUUGCUUGCGGGGCAAGUUCAAUGUCUGCGAGGAAACCCUGCUCUGUCUCGGGAAAUCCCGGGCCGUCGUCGUCAUCGACGUCGAGACGAAGAGGCUCGGGCAGGAAAAGGGGUAUCGGGUCUCGACCCGACACGCCCGUUUGUACGAGGAACUGAAUGAGUACGAGGAGGAUGACGAGGAGGAGGAGGAGGAGGAGGAAGAAGAAGACGGGGAAAACAGGGGAGUGAUGAUCACUGUGAGAGAAAUGGAUGGGGACGAGGAGAUGUCGGGAUUGGAUUCCGAGGAGGAUGAGAAGAGUUUCGUGUUGGACGUGUUUGGGGAUCACUAUGAUGAAGAUUACGAGGAUGUUAUAUGUUCGAUCAUGACUUCUUUGAGCAAGACGCCGGAUUUUCUCCGGCGAGGCGGCGGCCUUAUCUGCGACGAGUUUCAGGAAUUCAAGGAAGUCGUGGGUGGACUGAAGUUAUAUGAUUAGAGGUGCUGAAUGGUGAUCGGUCGUGUAAUUGUAUUAUUCUUUCAUUUCAUUCAAUUUACCGGCAGUUCUUGCGGGCGGGGAACUAUUGUGAUUUGUACUUUCAAAUUUGAAGAUUAGAUUUUGCUAUUUGGUUGCUUGUUUCUGUGUAUAACAACGAUUCUCUG